AUGCGCUCAAGUAAGUUGUUAGCCCGACGUCUUAAGUCUUCUGGUGCUGCUGCGGAGGGUGCGGCGUCGAGUCAGGAGGAGAAGAUGGCGCGCAGCUUCAACGUCUCAUCGACUUUGCGUUUGCGCGACCGCCGCCGCCUUUUCCGAUGCCAAGCUGCUGUGAGUAUUCUUCCGACUCAACUAUCUCCCCGUCUUGCUCUUGUCUUCCCCUCAAUCGUCUCUACUCCAGACUGUCUCGUCCUCAAUUCUGGCAAAUGCAGCCGUCAAUACCAGUCGGUGACUGUGCGGCGAUUUCACGUCCAUCUCGAGGGGUCCAUUCGCAUCCGAUGA